AUGAAGAAUUUAGCAACACCUAUGGUUGAACCAUGUUAUUUCUUUUUCAAUGGAGGUUGUUAUAGACCUUGCGGUCAUUCUCACUGUCCACCUCAACACGAAUUGGCAAUUUGGAAACAAAUUUGGGCUAAAAGAAACUCAAAGAAACAAAAAUACCAAACCGGUGUUUCCAAUGAAGAAAUGGAAUAUUUCAAGAAGAAGAUGAGAGAGUAUUUGGAACAACAAGAAGAAAUGAAUAUGAAAAUCAGAAUGCAAUCCAGAGAAAUUGAAAGACAACACGAUACUAUCAAUGCCAUGAAAUGUCAAAGAUCAUCAUUGAUUGCUGCUCAAUCACCAGUAACUGUUAAUAAUAAUUAUGUAAAUGUUGUGAAUGUUCCAGAAAAUGGUAAUUUCAGAAUUAGAACCACUCAUACCAGAUAUUUGCAAUAG